AUGGAUGAUGCUCCAGCCGCUGCCGCAGUUCCAGAUCCUCAGAAUCCAUCAACGUCAAAUGGAGUCGGGCCGACGGCUCAACCAUCAGCGGCAACGAAGUUCAGCCUCCUGACAAAGUUUUUACGAAAGAAGAAUCAAGUACACUCUUCGACAGCUCAAAACGCACAAAACGAGUUUAUGCAGAAGUACAUGCCGAAUGGCAAUUCGAAUGCAGCUCAACCAGAUGCUCCACCACCUGCUGGGGGUACUGUAUCUGCCGAUGGAACGUCUUCUAUAGCAGCUUUACCUCUUCUACCGAAAGAAAAUAUUUUUCGUCGAGCGAAGAAAUUUGUGACAGAAUAUACACAAGAUCCAUCGACUGAUAACUUUUAUUAUUGGACGUGUAUCGUAACAUUUGCCUACAUUUACAAUCUUCUCUUCGUAAUAGCCCGACAAGUAUUCAAUGAUUUAUUAGGACCCUCUUCGCAAUCUUUAUGUCGAUUCUAUAAUGGAAGCCUGAAUAGUACAACUCAAAUAGAAUGUACAUAUGAAAUGUUGAAGAAUAUGAAAGAAAUGCCAACGUAUUCACAGUACCCAGACCUCGGAUGGUCGAAAUAUUGGCACUAUCGACUGAUUUGGUUGUUUUUUGAUAUGUUGAUGGACGGAGUAUACCUAAUUGACACAUUUCUGAAUUGGAGAAUGGGUUAUAUGGAUCAAGGACUCGUAGUGAGAGAAGCUGAAAAAGUGAAGAAAGUUUAUUGGCAAAGUAAGCAGUGGAGAACCGAUGGAGUCAGUUUGCUGCCACUUGACUAUAUAUUCGGAUGGCCAUUUCCCUAUACAAGUUGGAAAGGAUUUCCAGUUGUUCGAUUGAAUCGACUUGUCAGAUAUAAAAGAGUGAGAGACUGUUUGGAAAGAACUGAAACAAGAAGUUCAAUGCCAAAUGCAUUCCGAGUUUUUAUCGUCGUUUGGUACAUUGUCAUCAUCAUUCACUGGAACGCUUGUCUCUAUUUUUGGAUUUCUGAAUUCAUUGGAUUGGGGACCGAUGCAUGGGUUUAUGGUCAUUUGAAUAAGCAGAGUUUGCCAGACGACAUCUACGACACUCUUCUCCGCCGAUACGUCUACAGUUUCUACUGGUCUACUCUCAUUCUGACAACUAUUGGAGAGGUUCCCAGUCCCGUUAGAAAUAUUGAAUACGUUUUUGUCACUUUGGAUUUGAUGUGCGGUGUCUUGAUUUUCGCUACAAUUGUCGGUAAUGUCGGAAGUAUGAUUUCGAAUAUGAGUGCAGCAAGAACGGAAUUUCAAAACAAAAUGGAUGGAAUCAAGCAGUAUAUGGAAUUGAGAAAAGUCAGCAAGCAGCUAGAAAUCCGUGUCAUCAAAUGGUUUGAUUAUCUCUGGACAAACAAACAAUCUCUGAGUGAUCAACAAGUUCUGAAAGUGCUUCCAGACAAGUUACAAGCUGAAAUUGCGAUGCAAGUUCAUUUUGAGACUUUGAGAAAAGUCAGAAUUUUCCAGGAUUGCGAGGCUGGACUCUUGGCAGAAUUAGUGUUAAAACUACAACUUCAAGUGUUCUCUCCGGGAGAUUUUAUUUGUAAAAAAGGAGAUAUCGGUCGAGAAAUGUACAUUGUGAAACGUGGAAGACUUCAAGUUGUUGACGACGACGGAAAGAAAGUGUUCGUAACUCUACAAGAGGGAUCCGUAUUCGGAGAGCUUAGUAUUCUCAACAUUGCUGGCAGUAAAAACGGAAAUCGUCGAACUGCAAACGUGCGUUCCGUCGGAUACACGGAUUUAUUCGUGUUAAGCAAAACAGAUUUAUGGAAUGCAUUGAGAGAAUAUCCUGAUGCUCGAAAACUUCUUUUAGCAAAAGGAAGAGAAAUACUGAAGAAAGAUAAUCUGUUGGAUGAGAACGCACCGGAAGAACAAAAGACUGUCGAAGAGAUUGCUGAUCAUUUGAAUAAUGCUGUUCGGGUAUUACAGACAAGGAUGGCAAGGCUGAUUGUGGAGCAUGCGAGUACAGAGGGAAAACUUAUGAAGAGAAUUGAGCAACUCGAGAAGAAUCUUAGCAAAUACAAAGCGUUGGCAAAACGUCAAAAAAGUAUGCACGGAAUCUCGAUUGACGGAGGAGACAUGUCAUCAGAAGGUGUCGAAGAAAGAGUUCGUCCACCACGUCUUCGUCAAACGAAAACAAUCGAUAUACCCACGGGACUAGAAGGCGAAUCGCUCCUCAAAUAG